GUCAUGCUGACGGGUGGGAUCGUGGCUGUGGCAGGGCAGUUCAAGGGCUGGUACUUCGCGGCGUACGCCAUUGUGGCAGGCGUCUUGGUCUGUCUGCUCGAGUACCCCAGGAGCAAGAGGCAAAAAGGUUCCACCAUGGAGAGGCGAGGGCCGGGGGUCAGAAGCAGUGGGGUAGCAGCAGGGCUGGAUCCUACAGGCGGGCUCCCUGGGGUCCCCCAUGCAGGGACAGCGUGGGUAUGGGGGUCCUUUGGGGCUGGGUGCCCCCCUUUUUUACCCCGGCCCCCCGCUGAUGCCCGCAAGAAACAGCCGGCGGAGGUCGGGGGGCAAGUGAACCCCAUCCCCGUCGAGGCUGAGUAACGAUGGGGGGGGAAGCCCUCCUGCCACUGCUGCACCGCUCGUGCUCCUGCUUCCCAGCUGCACCCCAGCUCCUCGGAGGGGAAACCGGGGUGCCUGGCUUCAGGGGAUCCCCAAAUCCCCAGGGAUGCUCAGCUCCUCAGGGGGGGGUCCCCAGAUCCUGGGGAAUCCCCAUAUCCCCAGGGAUGCUCAGCUCCUCAGGGAGGGUCCCCAGAUCCUGGGGGAUCCCCAAAUCCCCAGGGAUGCUCAGGUCCCUGAGGGGUUCCCUAGCUCCUGCUCCAUCUCCAAGGAAGCUCAGCUCUCUGGGGGUUUCCCAGCUCCUGGGGAUCCCCAAAUCCCUGAGGACGCUCAGCUCCCUGAGAGCUUCCCAACUCCCUGAGGGAUCCCCAGCUCCUGGGGGUCAGGGAGGGGGGUCCCCAGCUCUCCAAGCAGUUCCAAGCCGUCCCCAGUUCCCUGGGAGAUCUCCAAAUCCCUGGGGAACUCCAGCUCUCCAGGGAAUCCCCAGCUCCCUGAGGGGUCCCCAGGCCUCGCACUGCCACGAGGAGGGGGGUGACCAGCCAGUUGUGCUCCCUGCACCGGCUCUCGCUGUUUUUUUUGUCACUUCUGUGGUUUCUGUUGCAAUAAAAAGUGGGAAAGGA